AUGCCCCCUCCAACCCCAAUCCCAAUCCCCCUCUUCGCCACGACCCAACUUACCCUCCUCCACGAAGAACACGCCGCCGAAGUCUCCUCCUCAAAACUCGCCAGCACAGCCGCAAGCGUCUCUCCUGCAACCCGCCGAACCCUCCAAGCAACCGGCUACGCCCUAACAGGCCUCAUCCUCUCCCAAUGCCGUACCGGUCUCGGCGGUCGCGUCGUCGGCGAGUUCGCCCCGGACCCAGCAGUCGCGUCAGAAGAGUCCCGGUCUGUGGAUGGGACGCCUCGUCUUGGAUCACAUGGGAUUCGCGUGGGCGACGUAGUGAGAGUUAGUGAUAUUGCGGGGGCGGGGAAGAAGGUUGGUGGGAAAGAUAAAGAUAAGAAGAAAGACAAAGAUGCGGAGAAGGGGGUUGAGGGUGUUGUUACGCGUACUGGUGAUCGCGCUGUGUGGAUUGCGUUUGGGCGGCAGGGUGGUGGGGGGAUGUCUAAGGAGGACGAUGAGGCUGUUGAGGAGCUUUGGGGGAAGAAGUUGUGGGCUAUUAAGCUUGCUAAUGAUGUUACGUAUAGGAGGAUGAGGCAAACUAUGGAGAAGAUGGUCAAGAUGCCGGAGACUGAAUACUCGCAUUUCAUGCGUGUUGCGUUUGGGCAUACGACGCCGCUCCAGCUGGAUACUGAGGCGUGUGGACCUGUGGAAUUUACCGAUCCUACGCUUAACGAUUCGCAGAAGGAUGCUAUUCGGUUUGCGCUAGCUUCGCGCGAUAUUGCUUUGAUUCAUGGUCCACCUGGGACGGGAAAGACACAUACGCUUAUUGAAUUGAUCUUGCAAUUUGUCCAACGGAAAAAGCGUGUGCUUGUCUGCGGACCGUCGAACGUUUCUGUUGAUAAUAUUGUGGAACGUCUGGCUCCUAAGAAGGUUCCUGUUGUGCGCAUUGGACAUCCGGCUCGCCUGCUUCCUUCUGUCCUUGAACAUUCUCUUGAAGUCCUUACGCAGACCUCUGAUGCUGGGGGCAUUGUUAAGGAUAUUCGCAAAGAGAUUGACGAGAAACAGGCUAGUAUUCGUAAGACCCGGUCUGGUCGCGAACGACGAGGUAUCUAUGAUGAUUUGAAGUUGCUUCGGAAGGAGUUCCGACAGCGCGAGUCUAAAUGCGUCGACAACUUGGUGCGCGAGAGUAGCGUGGUGUUGGCUACUCUUCACGGUGCUGGAGGUCAUCAACUCAAGAACCAAAAGUUCGACGUUGUGAUUAUCGACGAGGCGAGUCAAGCUCUUGAAGCACAAUGUUGGAUUUCUCUUUUGGGUGCAGAUAAGGUGGUCCUUGCCGGUGACCAUUUGCAAUUACCACCGACCGUCAAAUCUACGGGGCAGAAGGAUAAAGCUUCUAAAGGCACCGAUGAAAAGACCGACACCAACACCGACAUCGAGACGUUGAAGGGUGUCUCUCUUGAACGCACAUUAUUUGAUCGUUUAUUAGCCCUGCACGGACCAGGGAUCAAACGAAUGUUGACCACUCAAUAUCGCAUGCACGAGAAGAUCAUGCGAUUCCCCUCCGAUGAACUCUACGACGGAAAGUUGAUAGCCAGCGACGCAGUCAAAGCCCGUCUACUAAUCGAUUUACCAUACGAAGUAGAGGGCACAGACGAUACGCAAGAGCCGCUGGUAUUCUGGGACACCCAAGGUGGAGAUUUUCCCGAAAAGGCAGAAGAUGAAAUAAGCAAAAAAGGGGCGUUGCUUGGAGACAGCAAAAGCAACGAGAUGGAAGCUAUGGUGGUGGCUAGACACGUGGACAAUCUGAUUGAUGCAGGUGUCAGACCCGAGAGCAUUGCCGUGAUCACCCCCUACAACGGGCAAUUGGCUCUAUUGUCGCGGAUGCUACGAGAAAAAUACCCCGGCAUUGAACUUGGCAGUGUGGAUGGAUUCCAGGGCCGCGAGAAAGAAGCCGUUGUGGUGAGCCUAGUGCGCAGCAAUGCGGAACACGAAGUGGGUUUCCUAGGCGAGAAGCGCCGGUUAAAUGUGGCCAUGACGCGGCCCAAGCGACAUCUGUGUAUUUGCGGAGAUUCAGAGACGAUCAGCCAGUAA